AACAACGUGGUACAAAAAUUUCAUUUUCUUUCACAUCAAAAUCAGCUGUGAACAUCAGUAUGGCCGCUCCAUUAUCUAAAAAAUAAAAUUGUUUUUGUAAAAUCAUACAAAAAAAACAGUAAAGUGCAGUUUUCGUACUUACACCGUCUAAUUGUACAUUUGCGAAUAGUGUUGAUGUUGACUAAAAGUGUUGCGUCAUGACAGAGACCUCUCACUGACAAACAAAUACAAUAAAAAUUGCGACUCGCUUAUUACGGCGACUUAUUGUAAUUUCUAUUUGGCUCGUGUAACGUUUCUGUCGUUUGGUUGAGGGCUGAUGUUAUUACUGAAUCGUCGUCGAAGUUUAUAUAAUGAGUAGUGUUAGAUUGAGUUUCGUAUCCGUGGGAAGGAUAGCAGUGAGAAGAAAUUCACAAAUAUCAGGAGUACAACAAUGUCGUACACUCCGACGGUCGUGCCCUCGAGGGUUCAGCACGUGCUCAGUGAUGUGCAAGAGCCCCACGGAACAGCCGCCCGGCCCGCCGCAUCCACACCCGCCUAAAGAUGCCGCUGGUGCUGCAGGCACUACAUCAGGUGGCAAGAAGUCAGGGUCCGGCAGUGGGGUCCUCACGUGCCCCAAGUGCGGGGACCCGUGCACCCACGUGGAAACCUUCGUCAGCUCCACGCGUUUCGUCAAGUGCGAUAAAUGCCACCACUUCUUCGUGGUGCUAAGCGAAGUGGACACCAAGAAGAGCAUCAAGGAUAAUGCGGAUAAUAAGUCUGGAUUCUAUAGAAAACCUCCGCCACCUCCGAAGAAGAUCUUCGAAUACUUGAACAAGCACGUUGUGGGUCAGGAGUACGCCAAGAAGGUGCUGUCGGUGGCAGUGUACAACCACUACAAGAGGAUCUACAACAACGUCACCAGCGGCACGCCCACAGACGCACACCAUCCCUUACAUCACACACACAGAGAUCUCCUUCACCUAAGUCACGGCAACAACAGUGGCGGCGCUGAGGUGCUUGAGCGACAGCAUCACGAGUUGAGGCUCGAUAAGAGCAAUGUGCUGCUGCUUGGUCCUACUGGAUGCGGUAAAACUCUCCUAGCGCAAACGAUAGCGCAGUGCCUGGACGUGCCGUUCGCGAUCUGCGACUGCACCACGCUCACGCAGGCCGGCUACGUCGGCGAGGACAUCGAGAGCGUCAUCGCUAAGUUGCUGCAGGAUGCUAACUUUAACGUUGAGCGAGCACAGACAGGCAUCGUGUUCCUAGACGAGGUGGACAAAAUCGGCGCCGUGCCCGGCAUACACCAGCUCAGGGAUGUCGGAGGCGAGGGAGUCCAACAAGGCAUGCUGAAGAUGCUGGAAGGCGCCGUGGUGUCGGUGCCCGAGCGCAACUCGCGCAAGCUGCGCGGCGACGCCGUGCAGGUCGACACCACCAAUAUAUUGUUCGUCGCCAGUGGCGCUUAUAAUGGUCUCGACAGACUAGUGCAGCGCCGCAACAACGAGAAGUACCUCGGCUUCGGCGCGUGGGACCCGCGCUCCGGGCGCCGCGCGGCGCUGGCGGCCGCCGCGUCCGACGCCUCGCCGCUCGACUCCGCGCGCGCCGAGAACGACGAGCGCGACGCCUGGCUGCGCAAGGUGCAGGCCCGCGACCUCAUCGACUUCGGGAUGAUACCCGAGUUCGUGGGCAGAUUCCCCGUGCUAGUACCUUUCCAUAGUCUGAACCAAGAUCUGCUUGUACGGAUACUAACGGAACCUAAAAACGCUAUGGUAUCCCAGUACAAGCUGCUGUUCGCGAUGGACAAGUGCGAGCUGACGUUCAGCACGGAGGCGCUGGCCGCCGUCGCCGCCAUGGCCAUGGAGCGCAAGACCGGCGCCCGCGGCCUCCGGGCUAUCAUGGAAAACCUACUCCUAGAAGUGAUGUUCGAGAUCCCCGGGUCGGAUAUCUCGUCGGUGCACAUCCACGAGGGCUGCGUGUCGCGCUCGGAGCCGCCGCAGCUGUCGCGGCGCCGCGAGCAGCCCGACGCCCGCCCCGCGCCGCACGACCUCGACGACUGGCCCUCGGUGCGCCUGCACAACUAGACUCAAAGCGUCAGUCUCGCAACCAUCUGUCACUCAUUCGUGUGUGCUGUGAGCGGAAACAUGUAUGGUGGACACAACCCAACAAUCUGCCCACGAUUCGACAGUAACGACCAACGCCCUCUACCUUUCCAACCGAGGUAACACUCGUUACUGACAUAAAAAACCCCCCAAGAGGGAUAUAAGUGUUAAAAAAAUACAAAAUAGAAAAAAAAACAUUGUUUUCGUUUUUUUUUUUUGUGAAAUUGUGCUUCAUUGUGACGGCCGGGAGUCCUGUUUGUAAUAGUAUUCCUAACAUCAUUCCUGUAAGAGUUCGGUACCUAUUUUACGGAAAACACGGUUUUCUUGUGUUAAAACCACCCGUAAAGUUCGUACUUACUAGGUUUGAAUGUAGUUGAUAUCUCGAUGUUACACACAAAUGUAGUUGUAAAUAAAAUAGAUAUAUUAGAAAAGCAUUUGAAUUCAGCCAAGUUCAAUUGUAUGUCUGUUUAAAACGAUAGGUAAUGUUAGUUAAUUAGGACUCCUGAGUAGACAUGUUUCCAACUAGCAUUUCAUGAAAAAUUCAGUUUUGUUCAAAGUUUUCGACAGAUUUACGUAAUAGUCUUUAUACUCUAAAUUCAAAAUCAUGGAUGAAUCAAUCCUGGUAUUUGUAGACUUCGGACCGUAAGGUCUUAUUAUCAGUUCCUUACGUUAGUUUAUGUUGGAAAACAUUAAAAUGUUGUAUCGGCCACCAUACAACAUACUCUUGUGAUGUAAAUUACUGUAAAUAGUAAUAAAUAAUAAUGAUAAAUAGAAAAAAACUGUUAUUAUUAAGGUUUAUUAAAAAUAAAUAGGGUUCACUAUUGUACAUCCCAGAUAAGUUGUAAGUACGAAAAGUCACAGCAAAUGUUGUUAGUUGAAAAAUAGAUUCUUUUUAUUUCGGCCUGCAAUACUGAGAAGGAAUGACGUUUUGACAUUUUGUUAAUUGUUAUACAUAAUUAUUUUUUUAUUUAUAAAUGGAUCGUUGUGGUGUGAUUAUAAUAAGUGUGAAUAUUUUUUUGUUAAACAACCUCCAAAAAUAUGUGUCUAAUAUAAUUCUGGACUUGUGAUAGGAUAAAUUUUAUGGCAUGUUGAUAUAAUCACAUUGCAACUCGAGUAAAAUAGUAUAAGCCUAUUUUCAAUUUAAAAUAUAAAGAAAACCAAA